AGUGGACCAGCUCCGUAACAUGCAUAUACAUUUGUACAUUAACACCGGUCAGUGUGCGACACCGUACGUGCGUCGCGGACAUUGUAACCGAUGGUCACGUGGUACAGGUGUUUAUUUUACCGAUUAGAAAAUUAAUAAAACAAUGAGUGCUCAUAACAAAUCAAAAGUGUAUCGGCUGUGGAAACCGGACUCAAAGAAUACUUACGACCAAGACUGUUCAGGAUAAACAUUAGUCAAUCGUAACUCUAAUGUGACCGAACAACACGUCGGAGGGUCCAGUGCCACGAGAACACGAUAUGAGAUUACCGUUAUUGCAAAUGAUAUUAAGCUGUGAUUCGUACAUCCAACGAAGAGUUUUUGAUUGAGAGACGAGCCGAGUGGUUUUUAGGUAACUUGCCCAACUUGGUAAUAUAUGGUCCAUUAUUCGAGCUCCGCAAACUUUCUAAGAGUUUGGAACGGAUUACGGAGAUCCUAAAGUACUUUUACUGGAGGAGGCAGAAUUAAAUUACUCGUAGCAGAAGGUUUUUUGAUACGGUUUUUGCAAGGUACGAUAUCACUGUUUAGGAUUAAAAAGUGUUCCUCUCUCUAGAAUUUUUACUAGAUCUUUAAUUGAUUUAUUGCAUCGUCAAUAAAUUCGAGAGUUGUAAAAAUGUUAAAGUCGAUUUAGAUGUUUAAUACUCACUAUAAUCAUUGUUACCCUCAUAAGUUAGGACCAUCUUGUUACAUUGUCUAUACAUUGUUGUGACUUAGACUUGUUAUAAAUUUCUUCUCUUCGUGUCCUCGUUACUUCUUCCAGUGUUAUCGUGUAAAGUGUUGUGUAGUGUAACAAUGAUCUUCUCUGCUCUUCUUGUCUUCGUGUUGGUACAGCGAGUCUUGGCUUCGGGGGAGGACUUCCUCUCGGAACUCGAUAGACCAAUUCCCAUCUCGAACGUGGAGGGGGUACUGACGAAAAAGGUGCUUCUUCCCUGUGAUAUAUCUACAAAAGGCGACAACGACGCCGUCUACAUGGUGCUAUGGUUCAAAGAGUCGGGCGGGGAGCCAAUAUACAGUUUUGACGUGAGAGGUCGCAAUUUCGGUCAAGCAAAGCUGUGGUCCUCCGAGAGUGCGUUUGGCAAGCGAGCGUUCUUUCGCACGGCGACCAAGCCUGCAGUCCUGGUGGUGGACGAUCUUCAUUUGGAGGACGAGGGGUUGUAUCGCUGUAGGGUAGACUUCCGUAACUCCCCCACUCGCAACGCCAAGAUCAAUCUUACUGUUAUAGUCCCACCGGACCCACCAAUGAUUUACGAUGAAAAACGAAGAGACAGAUCAAAGACAACUAUCCCCUGGAAUGAAGGAAGCGACGUAGUUUUAAGUUGUGAAGUGCCUGGAGGUCGGCCAAGGCCAAGAGUGGUGUGGUUCCUGGACAACCAGUUGUACGAUGACACGUUCGAGCAUGUUGGCCACAACCUGACCAUCAACAAGGUAAAGGUGUCCUCCGUGGGACGUCAGCACCUAGAGAAGCAGCUUGUUUGUCAGGCGUCCAACACCGUUCUGCACCAAGCCUUGCUCAAGAAGGUUACACUAGACGUCAACUUGAAGCCAGUUGACGUGACCAUCACGAACAAGUCAAAAUACAUCUCCGCAGACAAGAAGUACGACGUGGAGUGUAAGGCCGCCGGGUCCAAGCCUGAGGCGACCAUCACCUGGUGGAAAGGGGCCAGACAGGUGCACAAGAUGGCUAAAACAGUCACCCGGAUGGAAAACGAUGAAAGGCACACCAUCAGUACUUUGUCGUUCGUGCCAGUGAUUGACGAUGACGGCAAACAUCUGACCUGCAGAGCAGAAAACACAGCCUUCUCUGACGCGGCUGCAGCAAUAGAGGACAAGUGGAAACUUAACGUACACUAUAUGCCGGUGGUAACCCUCAAAAUGGGCUCUACACUCAACCCUGAUGACAUCAAAGAGGGAGAUGACGUUUACUUUGAGUGCAAUAUCAGAGCUAAUCCAAAGGCAUAUAAGCUGGCUUGGUUUCACAAUGGCCAGGAACUGUACCACAACGUGAGUAGCGGAGUCAUACUGAGUGACCACAGUCUAGUCCUGCAGGGAGUCACCAGACACACGGCCGGGGACUUUACCUGCCUCGCCGCCAACCCUGAGGGAAAGGGCACCAGCAACCCGGUCGCGCUCAAAGUCAUGUUCGUGCCAACCUGCAAGGAGGAACGGGAGGAGCUGUAUGGCGCUCUGAAACACGAGACAGUCCAUCUGAGGUGUGAGGUUGACGCCAACCCUCCAGUAGUGACGUUCCAGUGGACGUUCAAUAACAGCGGCGACCAGACAGAGGUACCUGCCUCCCGCAUCACCAGCCAAGGUACGGUGUCUAGACUCAACUACACGCCGGUCAGUGACAUGGACUACGGCACUCUCAGCUGCUACGGGUCCAACAGUGUGGGUCAGAUGAGGAGUCCAUGUGUCUACCAGGUCGUUGCCGCCGGGCGGCCGUUCCCUCUACUCAACUGCACGGUGACCAACCACACCUCGGACUCGCUGCACGUCGAGUGUCUGGAGAGCUUCGACGGAGGUCUGCCCCAGAUGUUCCUCAUGGAGCUGCUGGAGUUGCCUGAGAGGAUCCCCAGGUUCAAUGUGACCGUGCUGAGAGCGCCGCCGGUGUUUGAGAUAUACGGGAUAGAGAGUGGCGCGUCAUACCAAGUCAACUUGUAUGCCGUCAACGCAAAGGGCCGCAGCGACCCCGUCGUGCUAGAGGCAGUCACCUUCAAGGGUGUUGCAAAGUAUAUAGGUCCUUCAACGCCAGUAGCCAUUACCCCAGUGUUGACUUGUCUGCUGGCGCUGGCUGGGGCUCUGUCCCUGGUGACAUUGUGUGUGGCCGGGGCAUUGUACCGCAGACGUCAGGCGCGCAGACGUCCAACAGUCAAGCUGGAGUCUCUGGACAUGGAGGACACCCUGGGCCACGGAGCUGUCCUCAUCACAGCCAACAACACGGCCACCUCCCCGGCCGACGACACUGACCCCGACAUCAUCCCUAAUAAAUAUGAACGGAGGCCUCUGAAAGGUUUUAUGAAAAUUUACAAGACGCCUCCACAGCGACGAAGAAAAAAGGACGGUAGUGAUGAUGGAGACUUCGCCUCGGACGGGGACGAGGCAGAGACUACGCUUAACCACAUUCAUGCAGCCAAAGAAACUAUAGCCAAUAACUCUCAUGUAGUAAACAACUGUGGGACGCUAAGGGCCCACAAAGGGGUGACGGCACAGAGCCCGGUGGGCCCCGGCGGGGGGCCCCUGCUGCCCCGACCUCCUUCUCUCAACCAAAACCAUAAAAUAGGCCCUGAAGUCGUCACAGCCUCGCACAGAAUCCAAGAAAGCUGUAUAUAAAUGUAGUUCUUUUAUAUUUGUAAAUAUCUUAAAUAUGUUUCAAAUAAACUGUCGAAUUAUUA